CUCGCGAGAUCUCCGGUUCCGCCUCUCCACGUCUCCAGAUCUUGUUUACUUCCGGGUGUCAGGCUCAGCAGUGUAAAGGCGGCUGCCCCUCCACCACCACCUGACUGUCUGACUCUGGGGCCAAUCAAAGCCAAAGGGGCAGGAUAAAGGUGGCAAAAGAGGGGCAGUACAUGGGGGCAGGAUAUAGGAGCUGUAUACAGGUGGCAGUGUACAGGAUAUAGUAGUAUACAGGGAUAAUUAUAUAGGAGAUAGGAAGAAAGAGCCAGGGCAUAGGAGCAGUACACAGGGGCAGUAUACAGAAGGUAGAAUGGCAAGCACAGGUGUAGGCAGCGGAAACCUGACAGCAGCUGAUUGGGGCGGCUUUGAAGACAACAUGCAGAGCGGGAGCGGAGCGGCUGUGAUUGAUAUGGAGAAUAUGGAUGACACAUCGGGGUCCAGCUUCGAGGAUAUGGGAGAGAUUCACCAGAGGAUGAAGGAGGAUGAAGAGGAAGUGGACGCAGUCACAGAGGAGGGUGAAGAGGAUGGAGCCUUUCUCGGGAUGAAAGGAAUCAAGGGACAGUUAGGACGGCAAGUAGCGGAUGAGAUGUGGCAAGCAGGGAAAAGACAGGCAUCUAAGGCAUUUAACCUUUACGCAAACAUAGACAUCCUACGUCCAUACUUUGAUGUGGAACCAAUACAGGUCCGGAAUCGGUUGCUGGAGUCCAUGAUCCCAGUGAAGAUGAUUAACUUCCCCCAGAAAAUUGCUGGGGAGCUGUAUGGCCCGCUCAUGUUGGUGUUCACCAUGGUGGCUAUCCUUCUGCAUGGAAUGAAAUCGUCAGGGACUGUCAUCGUAGAGGGCACUCUAAUGGGCACUGCCAUCGGUACAUGCUUUGGAUAUUGGAUGGGAGUCUCCUCAUUUGUUUACUUUGUUGCCUAUUUGUGUAACGCUCAGAUCACCAUGCUGCAGACCCUGUCACUAUUGGGAUAUGGAUUAUUUGGGCAUUGCAUCGUCCUCUUCAUCACGUAUAACAUCCAUUUCCAUUCACUCUUCUACAUCUUCUGGCUGUGCAUUGGGGGCCUGUCUACACUGCGCAUGGUGGCGGUGUUGCUGUCUCGCACUGUAGGUCACACACAGCGACUAAUCCUUUGUGGCUCUAUUACUGCACUGCACAUGUUGUUCCUACUCUACCUGCACUUUGCGUAUCACAAGGUUGUAGAAGGUAUCUUGGAUACUUUGGAUGGACAGAACAUGCCACCACCUUUCCAGAGGGUUGCUCGUGACCUGUCACUGGGUACAAAUUCUGUCCUUAAUACCACCGCACAGGUCCUGUCUGCCCAUUCACGCUGACACGUCACAAGUUGGGAAACGGGGGCGACACCAGGGGUUUCCUCCUUUUCAGACCGCUGAAACACUGAUUCCAUCUGCUCCCUCUCUGCAGUAAAUGCCAGGUCGGAGAAGGGAUAUCAAGGGUCGUAUGGACACUUUGCACCGGAUGGAACCUCGCCAUGCUCUGCACUUUCUGUCUUGCUGACCAUCGGCCCACCAAUGGUUAAAUAAUACAUUUGUCCAUUGACCCAAGGGAUCUGACUUAAAUACAAGGCACGAAUGAAUCCGCAGGCGGCCUCCUCGGUCACAGCCCCUGAAUGCCUUCUGCUACCGGCACCCCCUCCCUUUUAAGUCUUUUCACCCUCACUUUCCUCUUCAUUGUAGUGUUUCAUUUUUUUCGAAGCAUAAGGUUUACGGGACUGGAUUUUAUUGCCUCUUGGCUCUGUACAGAAGAGUUGCCUGUGCAGCAUAAAUGGCACAAUACUACUGUGCGUUUAGUAUAUGGUUGUCUAACAUACGCUACAUGGUUCCAUCUCAUGCAGAACACAAUUCCUCUUAAACUUUAGAAUAAAUCUAAAAUGGUUCA